CAAACUCCUCAUUCAUUCACAAGCAAAACUGAAACAAUUUGUACAACUCAACAAUGGCGGAGCAGAAUCAGGAUUACUCACAAUUCAGAGGCCAGCCGCGUCUCCCUAAAUUCGCAAACCCUAAGCGCUACGAUCUCAAACUCAAGCCCGAUCUCGACAACUGCAAAUUCACCGGCGUCGUUCAAAUCUCCGUUGACGUUGUCUCAGACACUAAAUUCCUCGUGCUUAAUGCCGCCGACCUCUCCGUCAACUCCAAAUCCGUCACCUUCGCGUCUGCGAAUAAGGUUUUGGAGCCUGUGGAAGUGGAAUUAUUCGAGGAGGAUGAGAUUGUGGUUCUGAAGUUCAAGGAGAGUUUGCCGAUUGGUGUUGGGGUUCUGAGUUUGGAGUUCGAGGGUACUCUAAACGAUAGGAUGAAAGGAUUUUACAGAAGCACCUAUGAGCACAAUGGUGAGAAGAAGAACAUGGCUGUGACGCAGUUUGAGCCUGCUGAUGCUAGACGGUGCUUUCCCUGCUGGGAUGAGCCUGCCUGCAAGGCUACUUUCAAGAUUACAUUAGAAGUUCCAUCAGAGUUGGUAGCUCUUUCCAACAUGCCAAUCGCUGAAGAAAAGCAAAAUGGGAAUCUCAAGACCGUCCACUAUCAAGAAUCACCAAUCAUGUCAACCUAUUUGGUGGCUGUUGUAGUUGGCCUGUUUGAUUAUGUUGAAGAUAAUACACCUGAUGGAAUCAACGUCAAAGUGUAUAGUCAGGUCGGCAAGACAAGUCAAGGAAAAUUUGCUCUCAAUGUUGCUGUCAAAACCCUUGGUCUUUACAAAGACUACUUUGCCGUGCCAUAUUCCCUUCCUAAAUUGGACAUGAUUGCAAUCCCUGAUUUUGCUGCUGGAGCAAUGGAGAACUAUGGUCUUGUUACAUACCGCGAAACAGCUUUGCUUUUUGAUGAAAAGCACUCUGCAGCUGUAAACAAACAGAGGGUUGCAACUGUUGUAGCUCAUGAACUAGCACACCAGUGGUUUGGCAAUCUGGUGACUAUGGAAUGGUGGACUCAUUUAUGGCUGAACGAGGGAUUCGCUACAUGGGUAAGCUAUCUAGCUGCUGAUAGCUUGUUCCCAGAGUGGAAAAUUUGGACUCAGUUUCUUGAUGAAUGUACCGAGGGACUUCGGCUGGAUGGGCUUGCUGAAUCUCACCCUAUUGAGGUGGAAGUCAAUCAUGCAAGCGAAAUAGAUGAAAUUUUUGAUGCAAUCAGCUACAGGAAGGGUGCAUCUGUCAUUAGAAUGUUGCAGACCUAUCUUGGUCCCGAAAGUUUUCAGAGGGGACUUGCGUCUUACGUUAAAAAAUACGCUUGUUCAAAUGCAAAGACAGAAGAUCUAUGGUCAGCUCUUGAGGAACAUUCUGGUGAGCCUGUAAACAAGCUGAUGAGCUCAUGGACAAAACAGGUCGGUUAUCCUGUCAUCUCAGUGAAGCUCAAGGGACAGAGCUUGGAGUUCGAACAGUCCCGAUUUUUGUUUACUGGUGCUCAUGGUGAUGGACAAUGGGUUGUCCCAAUAUCUUUGUGCUGUGGCUCUUAUGAUGCUCGUAAAAAUUUCUUGCUACAAACCAAAAGUGAGACUCUUGAUGUCAAGGACUUAUUGAGUGCCUCAGGUUCAUCGGGCCGCCCCUGGAUCAAAGUUAAUGUCGAGCAGACUGGUUUUUACCGGGUGAAAUAUGACGAAGACCUAUCGGCUGGACUAAGGGAUGCAAUAGAGAGGAAUUAUUUGUCAACAUGCGACAGAAAUGGAAUAUUGGAUGACUAUUAUUCGUUGUCCAUAUCAUGUGAGCAACCAAUGUCCUCUUUACUUGCUUUGAUGAGUGCUUACCGUGAAGAGCCCGAGUAUACAGUCCUAUCUAACUUGAUCGGUGUAGCUUCGAAGGUAGCAAAAAUUGUUGCCGAUUCCUCACCCGAAUUGGUUGAUGAUGUCAAAUUGUUCUUCAUCAAUCUUUUCCAGAACUCCACAGAGAGACUUGGCUGGGAUCCUAAACCAGGGGAGAGCCACCUUGAUAGCAUGUUGAGAGGAGAGCUUCUCAUAGCAUUGGCUUUAUUCGGGCACAAGGAAACUUUAGAAGAAGCAAAUAAGCGCUUCAGCAUAUUUUUACAAGAUAGAAAUUCACCUGUUCUUCCUCCUGAUUUGAGAAGGGCAGUAUAUGUUGCUGUGAUGCAAGGUGUGAACAAAUCGAACAGAUCUGGCUACGAUUCUCUUCUCAAGAUUUACAGAGAAACCGACCUCAGCCAGGAGAAAACGCGAAUUCUAGGCUCGCUAGGUACUUGCCGGGACCCUGAAAUCAUUCAAGAAUUCCUAGACUUCUUGUUAUCUUCGGAGGUGAGGAGCCAAGACGUCGUAUUUGGGCUGUCUGUCAGCAGCGAAUCUCGUGAGAUAGCAUGGAACUGGUUGAAAGCCAAGUGGGAUCAUCUCACCAAAACCUAUGGCGCCGGAUUCCUCAUAACUCGCUUCAUCAGUGCCAUUGUGUCACCGUUCUCAUCAUAUGAGAAGGCUGCCGAAGCGGAGGAGUUCUUCAGCAGCCGGAUGAAGCCGUACAUCUUGAGGACGUUCAAGCAGAGCAUCGAACGCGUCCACAUCAACGCAGCCUGGGUUAAAAGCAUUCGGAAUGACAAGAAUCUCCCACAAGCUGUCAAGGAGCUUGCAUACAGGAAAUACUGAUUUCUUCUUGUGCUUUGUUUGGAUUCUGCUGAUGUUUAAAUAUGUCAUUUAUGAAAUAAAUUAUGCAUAUUAUCGGAUUCUCUCUUUCAAACACACUACAGUUUUAUGACUCUGCCUUCUUGGGCAAUGGCUAGUUUGGCACUGUGUUUAAUGUUUA